AUGUUGUCAACGGUGGACAAUCACACUUCAGCAGAGUCGUCUGAAGACGGAGUCCCAACGAUCAAAAGAAGGGUUAUAGAAACUUCAGCAGACUCGUCCGACGAGUGGCAACCUCCCAAAAGGAAAAUUGGCCACCAGUUAUCAGACACUGACAGCUCAAUAGAAGAGGUCAUCCAAGAAGAGGUCAUCCAAGAGAGGCGUCUGAUUACCCCCUUCACAAAUUUAAUAAAAAAGGCUAAAAGAAAAGGCCAAGAUAUUGUGAAGUUCUUAGAAGAGGCAGAGGAAGAUGUGCCAAUAUCUUUAUCAGAUUUGGACGAUGAGCAGAUUUCUUUUUCCGACGAUGACCCGAACUGGGAGGCGGGGGCAGAAGGGCCUUCGUCAUACAAGAUUCGGCAGGCCUUUGUGAGCCCAAACACGGCAAACAUUUUGGGGAAAAACAAAUGCCUAGACCAAAGGGUGUGCGUCAAAACCCUGAAAUUUCACACACAAAAGAGGAACAUAAAGGGAAUCCAGGAAGAGGGACUCUGUACGGAGGAGGAAGAGGAGGAAGAGGGACUCUGUCCGGAGGAGGAAGAGGGACUCUGUCCGGAGGAGGGAGGGACUCUGUCCGGAGGAGGGACUCUGUCCGGAGGAGGGACUCUGUCCGGAGGAGGGACUCUGUCCGGAGGAGGGACUCUGUCCGGAGGAGGGACUCUGUCCGGAGGAGGGACUCUGUCCGGAGGAGGGACUCUGUCCAGAGGAGGGACUCUGUCCAGAGGAGGAAGAGGGACUCUGUCCGGAGGAGGGACUCUGUCCGGAGGAGGGACUCUGUCCGGAGGAGGGACUCUGUCCGGAGGAGGGACUCUGUCCGGAGGAGGGACUCUGUCCGGAGGAGGGACUCUGUCCAGAGGAGGGACUCUGUCCAGAGGAGGGACUCUGUCCAGAGGAGGGACUCUGUCCAGAGGAGGGACUCCGUCCAGAGGAGGAAGAGGGACUCCAUCCGGAAGAGGGACUCCAUCCGGAAGAGGGACUCCGUACGGAAGAGGGACUCCGUACGGAAGAGGGGGACUCCGUACGGAAGAGGGGGACUCCGUACGGAAGAGGGGGACUCCGUACGGAAGAGGGGGACUCCGUACGGAAGAGGGACUCCGUCCGGAAGAGGGACUCCGUCCGGAAGAGGGACUCCGUCCGGAGGAGGAAGAGGGACUCCGUCCGGAGGAGGAAGAGGGACUCCGUCCGGAGGAGGAAGAGGGACUCCGUCCGGAGGAGGAAGAGGGACUCCGUCCGGAGGAGGAAGAGGCACUCCGUCCGGAGGAGGAAGAGGCACUCCGUCCGGAGGAGGACGAGGAGGAGAAAGAGGGACACCGACGUGGACUCAGUCCUCCUCCGGGCGAGGAGGAGAAAGAGGGACACCGACGUGGACUCAGUCUGGAGAACAAAAAUCCCCCUCAGAUUCAGCAGAUCGAUCCAUCCAUUUUUCUUCCGCUUAAAAACAAGAUUUUUCACCAGAGUAGCCUUUAUGGGGAAAAGAGGAAGAGAUCUGAGGAGGAAAAGGGACACAAUCAGGAGGCUGAGCAAAGAAUCCAAUUCCGUCCAGAUGCUGAGGGGGGACUGGGUCCGGAGGCUGAGGGGGGACUGGGUUUCAAAGUUCCUCAGGGCCUUCAACGUUCAGGGACUAGUGUGGCUAAAGCCAAGCACAGCAGCAUGUGA